GCUGCCGCCAAUCACAGGCCGGGAACUUCACAAACGCGGAAGCAAUGCACUUUGACCAACCAAUCAGCGCGCAGCUAGCCAUGCAACUGAAAAAUAUGGAUGUCGAAACCAAAGGAGGAAACUGCCGUCCGUCCGCCCACCUCCAGCGCCCGGGCCCUUAAGCAUGUCCACAGAUGACAGCGUCUCUGAGGACGUGUCCAGCUCGGGCCCCCGGAGCCACUGCCGGGCCAGCGCUGACGGGGAUGGGGGCAAAGAGAGCGAGGCGUCCCCGCUGUCCUCCGAGGCCACCACCGCCUCCGGGCUGGCGGUCUCCGAGGACAGACUCUCGGCCUCCCAGACCACAGGGGGCACUGUGGCCAGCCGGCCCGUGAAGAUCACACCAGCAUGCGACAAGAUCAGAGGUCUGUGCCUGGGCACGGAUGAAACCUUCCCGCCCGGGAGAAACCUGCCGUUCAUCAACCCGAGCUCCCUGGAGACCCUGAGGGCCCUGGUGGAGGAGAUUCGCAGCAGCGGCGAGAUGGACCCCAAGAUCUGGAAGGACUGCGAGGGCAGGUGGCUGCACCUGUUUCAGCUGGUGGAGAAGCAGUACCAGGAGCAAAUCCUGGCCCAGCAAGACCAGUACCAGUGCCAAAUACAGUUGAUUCAGGAUGAAAUCAAAGCUCUUGUGCAGCUCCAGAACCGCGACCCACAAAUCCCGCAAACCCCGACCGUCAAAACCGGCGACGGCACCAAGGACUUCAUCCUGCCCUUCAUCCCGGCCGACUGCACCUUCCCCCGGCGCGUGGCCAGUGACAGCGACAGCCUGGCCGCCCCGGCUCUCUCCCCGUUCAGCUCCCCGUCGCCGCCGCCACAAAGGUCGGAGGCGGCCAACCCCGGCGAGGAGCGCACGGCCACGAUGCUCAGCAGCGGCUACGGGACUCUUUCCACCUGGGAAACGGGGCCGGAAGCUGAGCCCCGGUAUUCCGCCGCCGUCCAGGAAGACGGCGAGGAGAGUCAUGAGCCCUCAGUCCACCAGCAGAAAACCUGUGGCCAGGUGUUGACCUCCUGGGCGAUGAGGCAGAAAGUCCGUUCCAAGAAGAACAAGGCAGGUCCCUCCCAAAUUCCCGAGUACGAGGAGUUGCCACGCAGCAACGCUGAGUCAGCACGACCCCCGCCGGAGAGCACCGACUCCCAGGAACAGGACCAGCUCCAGCAUCCUGCUGCCUCGUCCUCCGGAUUUUCCCCACUGAGGAGAAGCGACAGCUUCUUGUCCGAUAUCUCAGGCCUGACUUACUGGCGCCUGAACGAGUGCGAUCUGUACCAUCCGCUGCCCGACAGCUUUGAGAACGGCGCUUACUUCCUGCAAGAAGUUUCCACGGCUCAGGCCGCGGAGCCUCGCAUUUCUCUGCGAGAGCUCUACCAUCACAAGCAAAGAACGGACGUGAAGCGUUCCGACUGGGAGCGCUCGGAGACCGCCAGUCCUUUGCAGGCGGAGGCGGAUCGUUCGCCAGCUUUCUCGUCACCCUCCCGCUUCGCCUCGCUCCGACCCGGACCACCUAUGACUCCCGACAGCAUGGCGGAGUGCAGCCUGGGUACAGAUAACGUCUCUGAGGUAUCCCAGGAAGUCCCGCCCACCUCCCAGGUUAAGACCUGCACUGACGCCGCCAGAGAAGGCCACACCCGGAGCAGCACUCUGAAGCCUGGAUCGCCUUCUGGUGGCGGUCUGGAUCCUUCACGGAGUCCAAGAACGUCCUCGUUAGGAGAUCCUGUCGUCCUUUCCCUACUGAGACAGAACCUGAGAGAGAAGCACUCCCGGCAUGUGGCCGACUUAAAGGCGUAUUACGAGUCGGAGAUACAAGUCCUGCGAGACAAGCUGGACCUGCGACAUCUGCCCGGAGAUUUGGAGCGGGGAAACCGGGUCCUGGCAGAGCGGUGCGAACAUCUGGAGAAAGCCCUCGGGGAAGCUACCAGACGUAUCCAGCAGCUGGAGGCAACCAACGCCUCACUGGAAAAAAAGCUGGCGGAGUGGCCUGACCGCUACGCCGUGGCGGGCGCCGCCGUGAAGUCGCUGCGUCAGCGGCUAGAAGACGGCAAGCGCUCGGCUCGGGAGAAGGACGCCACGGCGGCCCGCUUGAGGGCGCGCGCCAAGCAGCAGGAGGCGGCGGCGCUGAAGGCCCGGCAGGAGGCCGACGAGAGCGAGGCCAAGCGGGAGCGGGAGGGCAAGAUGAUGACGGAGCUACUUGCUCAGUACGAGCGUGUGGAGAAGGACAAGGAGGGCCUGAAGUACAACUUGCUGGCAAAAGAGGACAAACUUGCCCGAGCCGACGACGAGAUCUUGGAGCUGAAAAGGAACGUCUCCAAACUGGAGGGUCAGGUGAGGCAGCUGGAGCAUGAGAACCAGGCCAGGGUCUGCCAGGCCCUCCACGGGGUCCCCCAGCCGUCCGGAGCCGGUCUCUACCACCAUCCUGACCUGCUACACUCGCCCGGCAGAGGCAACACCCAGCCGGACCUCACCCGCAAGAGGUCCCCUUGCCCGGAACCUGACCCUCCAUUCCGAAUCAGCCCGCCUGCCAGCGUGGAGAUCCCCUCAACCGCUCGCCACUUAAGGUGCGCAUCACCGCAAGGUGUUGAAGCGCUCCCGCCGCAGUCCGCUAAACGCCAGGGGGAGACCACGCCCAGCCUUCUGACGCCCAUAAUGAGAGCCAUCAUGGAGAUGGAGGAGACCAGAGCCACCGAGAGCAGAGCUCCUUGGCUGGCCAGUCCCAGAGCCACGCUGGGCGCCCUGGAGCUGAGGCACAAAUCGCCGCUUCAGGAGCGUCAGACAGCAGGAAGGGAGGCGCUCGGAGGUGGAAGCCCCCUCGGACCUCGGAGGAGUUUGUCUCCGGACGGCCUCAGGUCGUCCUCGCUGCCUCCUCCGGGCCUAAGGAGCAUCGGCCCCACCACGCCCACAAAGAGAGAGACGUUAUUGGCGCCACUGUCCGCCAAAUCCAGUCCCAAGCGCUGUCCCACAGACAACUACUCCACAGCUUUUGGCCACAUGAUGCCCAGGGAGGAACACCUGCACCAAAGCUCGGACGCCGACCGGAGGCGGCACUCGCUCCACAGCGCCAGCGCUCCCCGGAAGAGGCUCCACUUUUCAUCCGCAGACGCACACCUGGGGUGCGAGGAGGACACGCCCCCGGGCCCGGCCCCGCCCCCUGUGGGCCAGGUGCAGUCCCUGGCUGAAGUGGAGAGGCUUUUUGAUGAGCUGACGCAGGAGAAACUGCAGAUUGAGGCAGCUUUGAGUCGCCUGCCGGCAUCGGGCGCUCGGGUGAGCAUGCAGACCAGGUCGGACCAGGUAGGAGACAAGACCCGGGCGCACCACACGGCUAGUGACGGUGGCCUUAGAGGAGCGCCUGGAGCGGCUGAACGGCGACCUGGGCUCGCUCCGCAUGACCCUGAAAAGAUUCCACGUCUUGCGCUCCUCCGCCACCACAUAGCCACGUCUGUCUCCGCCACCACAUAGCCAUGUCCGUCUCCACCACUCGGAGGCUGGAUGGUCCUUCAUCCACCGCCGCGUCUCCUACUUGACAUACACCUCUUCGACUCGGGGAAACUUUUUGAUACAUCUUUUGGAGUAUAUAUUUUUGACUACGACACAAAUUUGUAGAUUCAUUGCCUUUUUAUCAAGAAAAAAAAAAGUUUUCAGCCAGCAGGGUAACUUUACACCGCCUCUAUUUUUUUUUUUUUCAUCCUUUUCUUCUUGUUUACGUUGACUUUAAGGCCAAAUGACUGAAGGAACCAAGGAUUUUGACAUGUUUACUCGUUCACUUGACAUUCCAUCUUUCUUUUUUGCAAUAGGAAAUGUUUAUAUAUAUUUUUGGGGCGGAAGGACUGGAGCCUCCCUGAAGAAGAAGAAGAAGAAGAAGCCAGCACACACAUUUUGUCAAUUGGACCUAUAAAUAUUAUAUUAUAGUAAGACUUGCACAAUAAAUACAGUUUGUUUUGUAUGACUACUGAA